AUGGCAAAAGGAAUCGGUGCCUUGAAAAUCAGAGAACUGGAAAAUCUCUUUGUACCCAUUUUGCGGAAUUGCAAGAACAUGGAAAAACUGAAGAAAUACCAUGCUCUUAUUAUCAAGUACUCACUGUCACAAAGCAGCUUCCUAGUAACAAAAAUGGUAGAUGUUUGUGAUUAUUGCGAGGAUAUGAAUUAUGUAGGCUUGCUUUUUAAGCAAGUCAUAGAACCAAACGCCUUUUUGUACAAUGCAAUGAUAAGAGCCUAUACACACAACUCUAUCUAUGACCUAGCAAUCACUUUUUACAAGCAAAUGCUGAGGCAAAAUUCCCAAAGAAGUAAAAAUCCAAUUUUUCCUGACGAAUUCACAUUCCCUUUUGUGGUAAAAUCUUGUGCAAGGCUUGUGUUCCAUAAUCUAGGUAAGCAAGUUCAUUCCCAUGUCUUCAAAUUUGGGCCGAAGUCCCAUCCUAUCACAGAGAAUGCACUGAUUGAUAUGUAUGCGAAGUGUGAUAAUUUGUUAGAUGCACAUAAAUUGUUUGAUGGAAUGGAUGAAAGAGAUGCAAUUUCAUGGAAUAGUAUUAUUUCUGGGCAUGUUAGAUUGGGUCAAAUGAGAAAGGCAAGAGCUGUUUUUGAUGCAAUGCCUAAUAGGACUAUAGUAUCUUGGACGGCGAUGAUUUCUGGGUAUGCUCGUAUUGGGUCGUAUGCGGAGGCAUUAGAUAUGUUUCGGAGGAUGCAAGUUGUUGGUAUUGAGCCUGAUGAAGCAAGUAUUGUUUCUGUCUUGCCAGCAUGUGCUCAGCUGGGAGCUCUUGAUGUUGGAAAAUGGAUACACAUGUACUGUGGUAGAAAUGGGCUAUUGAGGAGAACCAAUAUCUGCAACGCUCUUAUUGAAAUGUAUACAAAAUGUGGUUGCGUUGAUCCAGCUUGCCAGUUGUUCGAUCAUAUGCGUGAAAGGGAUGUGAUUUCUUGGAGUACAAUGAUCGCAGGGAUGGCAAAUCACGGCAAAGCUCGUGAAGCAAUUGCAAUGUUUGAAAUAAUGAAGAAAACAAAAAUAAAACCUAAUGGCAUUACGUUUCUGGGUCUUUUAUCAGCUUGUGCCCAUGCUGGUUUUUGGCAGGAGGGGUUAAUGUAUUUUGAUACCAUGAGAAAGGAUUUUCGUAUAGAGCCAGAAAUUGAGCAUUAUGGCAGUUUGGUUGAUAUUCUUGGACGUGCAGGAUGCCUCGUUCAGGCUCUCGACAUUAUAGAGAAGAUGCCUGUGAAGCCAGAUUCCAAGAUAUGGGGUUCUUUAUUAAGUUCUUGCAAGACUUACUGCAAUAUUGAAAUUGCUGUCAUUGCAAUGGAGCAACUAGAAAAAUUCGAACCGGAUGAUACAGGGAAUUAUGUGUUGCUUUCCAAUAUAUAUGCAGAUCUUGGCAAAUGGGAGGAUGUGUCAAGGAUGCGGAAACUUAUAAGAAGUAAGAGCAUGAAGAAAACUCCUGGGUGUAGUUUGAUUGAGGUCAACAAUGUUGUUCAAGAAUUUGUAUCAGGAGAUCAUUCAAAACCAUUUUCAAAAGACAUCAUCUGGCUGCUGGAGCUGCUGGCUUUCAAUCAGGAUAUUGCCCAAUAUAUAAUUGAAAUAAUGCCAGAGGAUGGAUGUGAAUGAUUAAGUUGAGGCUAAGAACCUCAGGUCGCAAAAGUUGUAGCUGCGAACUUGAAGAUUUUCUUCAAUCUUUUUAUAUGGAUCGACCAUUUUUCAAAGGAAAGCAUCUGUUGUUUUUUCUAAA